UUCCAGCAGUUGCCAGAAGCGCCUAGAAGAGCGCGGACGCGGGACCGAAGGCAGGUGGCAGCGCGCGCAGCCAGACGGGGCGACAUUUCCAUGUGGACGAAAAUCGCGGAAGAUUCUGCAGCCAACUCUCAAUCGUAGCCCCGGGACGGAGCCCAAGAGUCCCUCUAAUACCAUGGUCCACGGGGGGAGCGCGCUAGGCGGCCCCGCGGCCCCGCGAGUGCGCGCCCCCGGCCCGAGCCGAGCCCUGGAAGCCACACCUGGACUCCGGGUCCGGACCUGGACUCUCGUCUGUGUGCUGUGGGUCCUACUUGAGCCAGCCACUGGUGCUAGAGCCUAUUCACCAGAUGACCUGAGGAAAAUGGAGUUGAGACUUUCAGAAGGAUGGUGUCCUGCAGGCUAUUACCGAACUGAGACUGGGGCUUGCGAGAUGUGCCAGGAGGGUGUGGACUACACCAACCAUUCCAACAACCUCUCUUCCUGCAUCCCCUGCAGCGUCUGUAGAAACGAUAAAGAACAGAAGGGUCCGUGCACCACCACCAGAGAUGCAGAGUGCCAGUGUAAACCAGGCACCUUCCAGGAUCAAAACUCCCCUGAGUUCUGCCGAACGUGCUCGGACCGCUGCCACGGUGAGAUGGUGGAGGAGAGUCCCUGUGUCCCCUGGAGUGACCGCAAAUGUGUCCACAAAGAAUCAGGUACCAAGGCCAUCAGGGAAAGCCCGGCUUCUGCAGAGCCAGUGACAGCCAAUGGCAGCACUCCUGCCUAUGUCCAUCCCUCCUCAGACGGCACAGUCACAUAUGUCCUGCUGGGUGUGUUUCUGCCUGUGGGUGCUGUCGUCAUUCUUCUGCUUUGCAUUACGUGGAGGUUUUUAAGGAGGAACAAGAUAUUCACUUGUAUAAAGAACAUCUUUCCAAGUCCCCAGCCCAGACCGCCCAGCACUGCCCUCAGGGAGGUGGGUGAGGCCCCUGCCCAUGCGCUAAGAGGAUCCCUUUCUCUUCCAGGCCAUGGACAAGACUCUCAGCACAUGGACACAGUCUCUGUCCCAAGGGAGCGUGAAGCUCAGGACAAUGACCACAAUGAGAUCCUAGCCAGCACGAACUCACCAUCCACCCUGGACUCUGAGCAGCCAAGGAAUGGACAACAGCUGGUGACCCGUGUCACUGAAGAGUUCCCAGAGGAGGAAACAAGUCUGCUGAGACCUGCAGAAACAGAGAGGUCUCCGAUGAGAAGGAGGCCACUGGUUCCAGUAGAGGGAACUGACACCAUUAAGACCAUUCGGCAGUUCUUCAGUUGCCAUCAGAAUGUUGUACCCUAUAAAUCCUGGGAUAAACUCAUGCGGGUGCUGGACCUUACAGAUAAUGAAAUUCUUAUGAUCAAAGAUAGAAUAGGGAACCCGGAAGAUUGCUUGUAUGAGAUGAUGGUAAAAUGGCUCAACAAAAUGGGGCACAGUGCCUCCAUCAACACCGUGCUGGAUGCCUUGGAAACAAUUGGCGAGAGAAAUGCAAGGGAGAAAAUCGAGGACUACAUGGUGAAUUCCGGAAAAUUUAUCUAUCAGGAAGAUGGAGCAGAUCCUGCAAGGUCACUUCUUUAGAAAGGCAAAUGUUCCCUCCUUUGUCUUUUCUCCCCUCAAAAAAAACACUUGAACACAAGAAAGUAGGAAAUAACCAAACUUCCACAUGACAAGAUCUGGAGCACUUUCUUAAUUCUUGUGCAUUUGAAGAAUGAAACCCAUAGACCAAGAUUGUGUAUAACAGAAAGAUGUAUUGAAGCACAGGAAGGGACCUCCUGCAGUAUAAGAGGGCCCCUAAUAGUAGGCUUUCUCCUGCUGAGUGUGCUAGUCUAUGGGUUUAUACACAGCACUUGGUUUGCUGCUAUAGGACUUGAAAACUACUAAAGCCAUUGCUAAUUCUUGAGUUCCAACUUUCUUUCAAGUCUGCCCCACUUCCAGCCUAGUGUGGGGCUGCAGCAGGUGUCUGUUCUGUGCCCAGGCCUGGCCUCUGAAGGUUGACAGGUCGGUGUGCCUUGGCUUGCCUGGGUACUGGCUUUCUGUCCUGCCUAUGGGGGCCACUCCAUGGGCCGCAGGCAGCGCUUGCCAACCGCGCUCAGACACACUUGGUUGCUCCACAUCUGCUCCUCGGCUGGGACCAGUAGGCUGGCUGCAUAGCUUGGCAGCUGGGGGAGAGCCGUACCAUUAAGAUAUAUGGCUCUUUUUUUUUUUUUUAAGGUGGCACUUUUUUAUUCUAAUACAUCUUAAUUUUUCCUUGUAACUAUGUUUACGUGUUUACAUUAACUUCCUUUAUUUUUGUGUUUUUGUAAUUUUGUAUGUUAUAAUGUAAGUGUUUGACAAGAAUUCUUCUUCCUAAUAUGCACUUUGAUUUAAUGACUCUUCAGUGUUUAACCCAGUCUUUUAAACUUAUAAACUUAUUUAUUUUCUGUUGGUGUUGGGGAUCAAACUCGGGGCCUUGCACAUGCUAGUCAAGAGCUCUACCACUGAUCAUCUCCAAACUUUAAAUAUGACACUUCUGUAAGUGUGUGAAUAGUUCUUUAUUUACAGAAGAUGUAGCAAUAACUAUAUUCUUCUGAGAUCCUGACCUGGGCAGGGACCUUUGUCCUUGAUGUCUGCCUUGGUCUCAGAAAAGAACAAUAGGAUGUGAAUGUGAAAUAUUUGCUUACUAGACUACAUGGUACCUCUUACUUGUGAAUCUGAGCCCCAGAGCUGCAUUUUGGGGUACGGAGUUGUACUUGAGAACCCAAGCCCUCUAUAUGCACAGAGGGCUUCUGGAUAUGACAUUCAACUUAGAAACACAGAUUCUUAAGUUCUGAUAUAGAAAGACCUAAAAUGGCUUUGGGCAUUUUGUCCUGGCUUUCUCCUCUAUAUUUAAUUCCUCAUUAACUAUUGGAGACUACCUUCCAGCAAAACCUUCUCCAGAGCAUUCCAGUCACAGAAGGACAUUUCAUGGAGAUGAUAGUUCUCAGGUCAAGGCAUUGGAUGUUUUCUCAUUUCAGGGCUGGUAUGACUUGCUGAGAGCAAUAGCUGAGUGGGAAUGACGCAUGGCAUUUUUGCCAGAACAGAGUGGUUGAGAGGUGAUGCCAGCAAGCCAUUGAGACAAUGGUUAUGUUAAGCUGUGUAUUCAAUUGUAUAUUAGACCCCUGCUGUCCCCCUUGGCCUGCUACUUUGGAGUUCUGGAUUCAGGGAGAGGAUUGCACAUCCAAAGCCAGCCUCAGCCAAAGGGAGGUGCUAAGCACCUCAGUGAGACUCUGUCUCUAAAUAAAAUACGAAAUAGGGCUGGGGAUGUGGCUCAGUGGUCGAGUGCCCCUGAGUUCAAUCCC